UUGUAUACCUGUUGAAAGAAUCUUAUUUCUAUGAACUCUAAAGCUGACGAGAUUAACAUGAAAAUAUGGAGCUAAAGACAAGAAUUAUUAUCAUUCCUCUACUUUAUUGGCCGACAUCUGUACUCGAGAGACUAGCAUUGUACCUAUGACACCUAGGUGGAGUUUUGAGAAGUCUAUAACUGAUAAUUUUUUUUAUUUAAGCGUUCCCUCGGAAAUGCGGGAAUCCCUGACAAAGUUAGUAACCUAAUUUUUAAGUUAAUUUAAAAACGUCUUUCUAGGUUAUCUUUUACAGCGAAUAAUGCCUUGCUACAUUUUUUGCUGUUUUACAGAUGCUCUUUUGCAAAUAAACUGAAAAUACUUAUUACAACUCGUGGCUCGGUCUCACAAUAAUGCAUCUUUUUUCUUACUCCUUUCUAUGCUGUUUUUGUUUAAAUGGCAUUGCAUAGGCACAGUUAAGGCGACAACAAAGUUCCAAGCCCUUCAACAUCAAGUCUAUCUUGUGUUGCACAAUGACCCACAACCUGGACCAGCUGCUUUUGUUGUACAGUGCUUAUACGUGUCACCUCUAUAUAAUGAUUGUAGCAGCGGCUUUAGUCAUUUGAUUAUAUCUGCCCUAGGUCGUUUCCUGAAAAAAGCAACCACUUCAGAAAACUCUUUGGAAGCAAAAGACUUGGCUACCCAUCUAUUCAUUGACAUUGUUGUGGGGCAGGUCUUUCAUGAUGAAAGGAUUAUUGUUAAAAUAUUAGAAACUUUUGAUAUUAAACUAAAAGAUGUUGAGAAAAUCAUGGUCCAAAUGAAAGCAAAGGAUGGUUCAAGUCAUGUAACUGCACAAGAUUUAAUGGAGAAGUAUAUUUUUGAAUUGGCAGAAUCCCAACUGUAUAUGACAGCUGUCACUCUAAUGGAGCGCUUCUCUAUCUUUUGUUUUGGCAAGUCUUUUCUCCUUAGCAUGGUACAGAGCCAUCAGUUUAAGGCAGCAGAGAAAUGGGCAACAUUUAUGGGGAAGCCAAUGUUAUGCACUCUUGUUGAGGAGUACUGUGAGAGGAACUUGCUAAAGAAUGCCUAUGAGAUUAUAAAGAUGAACAAUCUACAGCAAGAUUUCCCAGACGCCUAUCGAAAGUGUAAAGAAAGUUCAAUAAAGAAGCUAGCAGAAAAAGGAUGCUGGGAUGUGGCUGAGGCGAGAACAAAUGGUGAUAGACAGCUUGUUGAAUAUUUGGUUUAUUUGGCAAUGGAAGCUGGAUACACAGAGAAGAUUGAUGAACUGUGUGAUCGGUACUCCCUUGAUGGGAUUUUGCAGAAAGUACCUGAUGAAAGUAUUCAACACAGGCGUUAUUUGCAUCUUGAUGAACUGUUUGUCGAAGACAUUAUUUGGGUUGAUGAAUAUAAAGGUUUGCUUGAUGCAACUACCCAUAUUGAGGAUUGUAAAGUUAUAGGCGUCGAUAGUGAAUGGAAACCUAAUCAUGUAAAAGGCAGCAAACCAAAUAAGGCUUCUAUCUUUCAAAUUGCUUCCAAAAGUGUGGUUUUCAUCUUUGAUCUGAUAAAGUUGCACCAAGAGGUACCUGACAUUUUAGACGACUGUCUGACCCGCAUUUUGCAGUCACCAAUAAUAUUAAAACUUGGGUACAAUUUACAAUGUGAUAUAAAGCAGCUUGCUCAUUCAUAUGAAGAGUUAAAGUGCUUCAGGCACUUUGAAUCGUUGCUGGACAUUCAAAAGGUUUUUAAAAACCAUCGUGGUGGUUUGUCUGGCCUUGCAGAGAAAGUACUGGGAGCCGGUCUAAACAAGACAAGACGGAACAGUGAUUGGGAGCAGCGACCUCUAAGCCAAUAUCAACUAGAAUAUGCUGCCCUUGAUGCUGCUGUGCUUAUUCGCAUAUUCAGCCGCGUUUCUGGUGAAGCAGAUGACAAGUUUGAGUGGAAGUCGUAUAUUGAGUCCCAUACCAGAAGCACCAGGAACUCCAAGUAACAGAAGGUAAACUGAAGAAGUUUUGAUUCUUAGCUUCGAGGCUAACCAUAUUGUUUCUUUCCCCACUCAAUAGAUUCGAUCAUGUGAUGAGCACAGAUUUACAUCGAAAUGUAAUUUUUAGAAGUUAUAAAGGAGCUUCGAGAUAUAGAUCUGUUUCUCCAAAAAGACUGGCAGUGGUGAAUAUAUUUGUUAAAUUUUCUAGGUUCGUGUUUUAAAACCAA